CCACUCAUAAGCACAACGCUGCACUGAGGUAAGACCCUGUCUUCGUCUGACUCACUUUCUGGGGGAGAUGCUGUUUUAGGAGGACACGGUUCAUGUAGCUGGUAACUGUUCUUCAUGAGCAAAGUGUACAUCAGUCAUCGGACUUUGAGAAGAGGAUCCCUGCAACUAUAUAGGUCAAAGUUUACGCUCCCUGUCUGUCACUCUUUAGAUGGGUGCAACACUAUGGAGGGGCUAGAGAGCAGCACGUAAGAGGUUGGCCGGGUCACCGGAGCAGAAACAUUGAGGACCAAUCCAUAUUGAGGUCUGUGAUGCGAAGCGGAGAGAGCUUCUGUGAAUAUUGUGACGGAAGAUGGGAUGUCUUUGACUGUGCAGCGAAAUGAGCAUGACCUUCAUUCUGCCCUGAGUCUAGUAACAAGUGAAGACUUUGUCCAGCUUGUAGAAGCAUCCGGUACCUAAUAGAAAGAAACAGAAGGGGGAACAAAGGGAGGACAGAGAAGGAGAGACUGGAGAGGUAGAGUGUGGACGAGAGAAGAAGAAAAAGAAGAAUAGUACAGAGUGGAAGUGAGAGAGAGAAAGAGACCCAUUUUUCAAGAUGGAUCUGAGUCUGCUCAAGGCUCUGGAACGAGAGAAGGUUCUAGAGGUUCUUCAGAGGGACAGACUUCUGCGCAGCACGGAGGAGGACAGGAUCAGGAGGCUGAAGAUAGAACUACAGGACAUCCGGAGGAAAGGUGCAAAGAGUUUUGCCCGGCAAUACAGCGAGAGGACGUGCGCCCGUUGUCAGAGGCCACUGGGCAAGUUAUGGAACUCGGGCGCUGUGUGCCGAGGCUGCAGUCACCGCAUCUGCAACAAGUGCCGCGUGGGCGUGUCCAUGCUGGACUGGAAGUGCACCGUCUGCCACGCCUACAGAGAGGUGAAGUUCAGGUCUGGGGAGUGGUUUGUAGAAGAGAGGGCCAAGAAAUUUCCACCUGAUGCAGAUAUGCAUGAGACUAUUGGGGAGAAACUACUGAAGUCCUACCAGAGGUUGAGUCAUAUAGCAGUCGUGCCGCCAACCCCUCCACCCUAUUACGACGGUCUAUCCGUUAGCAGAUCAGGGGGACUGAAUAACUCCUUGAAAAAACCCUUCACCAAGUCUAUGGAGGGUCUGAUGGUUUCCCUCACCAGCCACAUGAGAAGGUUCUCCAGAUCACAGGAGGAUGUGCGAGUGGAACAGGAUCGGCUUACAGUGUACAAUAGACGGGGGCAUAGUGCUGGCCAGAAAAGCCUCUCUGACACGAACAUCAACAAAUCCACCAAUCUAACCAAAGGCCCCAGUCUUCCCAACCUGUUCAGGAAGAGCCGGAAUGACGACCAAAGCGGUUCCUCAUCGGAGGCUGAUGAGGACAUUUCCCUCGGCGCAGAGUACUUAGGGGGAAAGAGGGGCAGUAGUGCUAGUAGCACUGGUACAGACUGUGAUCUCUCGGAGAUCAGCAGUGUGAUGGGAGAGCUAGAGCUCGCCAUCGCCUUCAACGACAUCACUUCCUGCCUGGAGAUCACAAUCUGCGGCUGCAGAAACUUGGCCUAUGGAGAUCUCAAAAGGAAGAAGUGUAAUCCGUAUGUAAAGGUGUAUCUACUGCCGGAGAAGUCUCAGAGCACCAAACUGAAGACGACUGUCAAGAGGAACACGACGGAUCCCAUUUAUAAUGAAGUUUUACAGUGCCAGAUGGAGCGCCCCCUGUUGUGCAGGAGUACUCUGCAGGUGUCUGUGUGGCACUCUGGGACUCUGAAGAAGGUGUUUCUGGGAGAGGUUCUCGUCCCUCUGGAGGGGUGGAUGUUUGAGGAGAGCAACACCCAGGGCUCCAGCUGGUACCCCCUGUGUCCCAAGCCCGAGAGCCCAGAAAGGAGUAGAGUAGAGCAGGAUACAGCAGGAGAACUCCUGGUCAGAGUGAAGUUCAGCUCCAUGUCCCAGCUGUCCUGGGUUUGCCACACAGAUGAGGUUCACAUUGGACCACAUGACGUUGGCCAACUGACUGUUCUCGUCACUGGUGUCAAAAACCUACCCACUAAAGCAAACAGCUGUCAGAACACCUAUGUUAAAGGGUGCUUGACUCUCCCCGGGUCCAGGGAGCUGGUCCAGAGGACCCCUGUCCUGAAGAAGAAGCCCAGUCCAGAGUGGUCUCACCAGCUGCUCUUCAGCAGGGUCACACCUUACGACCUCCAGAUCUGCACUCUGGAGCUGGACCUCUGGAACCAUAUCCCCUUCACCUUCUCAGACCGUCUCCUGGGCUGGGUUAGAAUGGAAGCUGGGUCAUCAUGGCAACUGGUGCUGCAGAUGCCCAACAUGUGGCAUGACUUCAGUUUACCCAUGCAAGCCAAUGUCAACAGCAGGAGAACAUGAUGUCAACAGAAAAGCCCAUCGCCCCAUAUGAACAGUCUCAGUACAUUAACAUUAACGCUACCUUUAGCUCCAUUUGCACUAUCAGGCCUUCGCUCUGUGAAAGUCCCUCCAGUUAGAUAUUUACCUACCAUUUGAUGACUUAUGCAUUAAAGGGAUGUUCCACUCAAAAUGAAACCUAUUAUUUUUAUGUUCAAAAUACAACCCAACAUGUUUUUUAUACUUUCCUUGGGACAUCGACAACAACUGAGGUGUGGGAAAUCAUGUUAGAUUGUAUUUUGAGUGGAAUAUGCCUUGUGCUUUAAGCAUGCUCACCUUAAUGCUUUAAUGAGUCAUUGUGAGGUGACUGUAUACAAGUGUUUUUCAUUUAUUCCUUCCCUUAGUUUCUUCUUGUCCUUUCCAUUUAUGAGUUUGUUAUAAUAAAAAGGAACAUUUGCCUCAAAGCUGUAAUCAUAAUCUUUAUUGCCAAUAUGUUGAACACCUCGUUAUAAAAUCCAGUUUAAAUAAAGGACUGUGCAUCGUCAUCGGUUACAAGGUCAGUAAAAACUAGUCUAGUACACAUCCAGAGAAAGGAGAGUCAAUGGCACUUAAGCCUCUAGUGGGGUUACAACUACCAGCAUGUGCUGAACUGGUUGAAAUGUCAUAACUUAAUUUCAACUAGUUUCUGGUUGUAAUGACAUUGUUUCAACCAGUUUUGGGUGAUGUCAUAACAUACUGACUAAAAACAUGUCAUCCUCACUUAAGAGUGACGUGAUUGGGAACAAAAAGAAAAAAGGAUCAACGUAAAUGUUUUUGUAUAAGCACAGUGCUCCUGGAGAAUAUGCAUCUAUGCCUCGGAAAUUCUGCUCGCUACCGUGAACUGCAUGGCAAAAAUCUAAAGGUCCUAUAGGAUCUCCUUAUCCUGAUUUGCUGACAUGCAACAGAAUAUUUAAUUAAAGGCCCAGUGCAGUCAAAAGUGAUUUCUCUGUGUUUCAAAUAUAUAAUUCCACAGAGGUUGGAAUAAUACUGUGAAAAUGAUAAUACCCUUUUAGUGUGAAA